AUGGAAACGCGUGAUGAUGGAAAGGAAAUGCCUUGGAGUCCGGAUACAAAGCCAAGGAUGGGACCAAGAGGAAUGGAACCAGGAAUGGGAGACCGUAGACAACAAUUCGGAGGAGAAGACCCUAUUAACGGCAGGCAUGGACCCAGAGGAGGAGAUCGUUCCAGCGGAAGUCAUAAAUUUGGAGGAGAGAACCGUUUCAACGGCACGCAUAGACCCAGAGGAGGAGACAGUUUCAGCGGAAGUCAUGGAUUUGGAGGCGAGGACCGUAACGGCGAAAUGAUGGAACGUCCGAUGAGAGGUUAA